GAGUAACAACGAUAUUCAGAAAGAGAUAAUUACAAUGUUUGAUGACUUAAUGGAGAUCAUUGAAAGUGAGGAAUACGACACAAACCUAAGACAAUGCCUGGAAAAAGCAUCCCCAGAUUAUAAGACGUCUAUUGCUAAGCGACAGAAGGAUAUUUUGAGAUCAGAUCAUGGCAUUGUUGUAGCAGGAGAAACAAGCGCGGGAAAAUCCACCCUUAUUAAUAAAAUACUAGAAAUGAGAAUUUUUAAAGGAAGAAACAUGGAAUCUACAUCAACAGUCUGCAAAAUACGAAACUCUGACAAAGUUAUGAUAAAAACUGAGUUAGAAAAUGGUGAGGUUGAGCGCAGAGAUAUGAGUGACAUUGAUGUACUAACAAGGAAAGGGGAAAAAACUCUUCGAGAUACACUGAAGAAUCUUACAGAUAUGACCAUUGAAAAAGACAGUAGAAAGUAUAAAAGUGUUGAUAUUGGAUUACCAGUACCCUUUUUAAAGGGUAACACAAUAAUGGUUGAUACACCAGGAAUCGGAGGCUCUGGAAAAGUCAGUCAAAAGUUAAUGGAAUACUUGCCAAAUGCUGUUUCUUUCAUAUUUGUGAUCAAUGUGGCAAGUGCAGGAGGGAUGCAAAGAGACAGACUUCCAGAAAUAUUAAAAGCCAUUACCAACUUGCAAAUGGAUGACGAAAUGCCUUGCUUUGAUCAACGAAGUGUCAUCUUCAUAACAAAUAAAUGGGAUUCCAUAAAGAAAGAUCCAGAUGACAGCAGCGAUGAAGACGAGGUCGAAAAAACUUGGAAAAAAUUAUCAGAGAGGAUUCUUAGACAGUGGCCUUCAGUUAGGAAAGAAAAUAUCUUCAGAAUGAAUCUAACAGAUGUAUAUCAAAAGGAAACUGCAACUCAGGAGUUUAAUCAAUUCCGAAAGUCUUUAGAAAAGAUUGUUAAGGAAAAUGAAAAUAUAAGAACUACGGAACACUUUAGAUUUCCGACAUGGAAGCCACCAAUGUGUAGUUUCCCCCAUGUUUCCCAGGCAGGGACACUUUGA